CGCACCGCACAUAUGACGCAUGCUUGCCAACGCGACAAGUGCCUCACGGAAUGCAUCGUCUUCCGUCCAAAUCGCUUAAGCACGGCAGCUCGCGUUGGUCAAAGGGCAUGAUAUUCUCUAUGCCCCAUAUAAGGCAGCGGCUCAUGUUACCCUUCGACUUCGCAACCUGCCGUCAUUUCCUCGUCCAAAACAUGCCCGGGCAACACGCUGCCGGUGCGCUACUCAUCGUUCACGCCGCGGCGUGCUGUUCAACAGACAGUCUAGCAUGCCGAUGCAAAGAACCUCGCUAGCUCUCAGGGUAUAUCCGCAUCUAACCCGCACUGGCGACCCAACGGGCGCCUAUCCAAGCCUUUCCUAUCGAACCCCUCUACCUGAACCAUG